GGCAGCUAAGAGGGAGCUUGAGUGCUCUGCUUCCACCAGGGAGAGAAAGGCAGCUGCUGGAAGUACAAGCUGGCAGGAUCAUGACAGACCCAAGUAGCAGAAAGGAAGCAUUUAAAAAAUGCCGGAGUGCUACAUUCAGUAUUGAUGGCUAUAACUUUACAAUUGUUGCAAAUGAGACAGGUGACAAACAUCCACGACCUCUUUUACAAUUUGCCCGGUCUAAGUCACAAAACUGCUUGUGGAACACGAUUAUGGGUGGGCUGACCAGCACUCGCAAGGAAAGGCCAAAGCUGACCAUUGUCAACGACCCCAGACCUCCUGAAGAAAUUUUAGCAGAUGAACUACCGCCAGUGGACAGUCCUGAGGCCUUGGUGAAAACAUCUUUCAGAUUGCGGUCUUUGGUAAAGCAAUUAGAGAGAGGAGAAGCUUCAGUUGUAGAUCUAAAGAAGAAUUUGGAAUAUGCAGCGACUGUUCUUGAGUCAGUAUACAUUGAUGAAACUAGGCGUUUACUGGACACAGAAGAUGAACUCAGUGACAUCCGGUCUGACUCUGUGCCCUCAGAGGUCCGUGACUGGCUGGCUUCUACCUUCACACGGCAAAUGGGGAUGAUGCUCAAAAGGACUGAGGAAAAACCCCGGUUCAGGAGUAUCGUCCAUGCAGUGCAAGCUGGGAUAUUUGUGGAAAGAAUGUACAGGCGUACUUCAAAUAUGGUCGGCUUGAGCUACCCACCAGCUGUAAUUGGAGUGCUAAAGAAUGUAGAUGAGUGGUCAUUUGAUGUAUUUGCACUAAAUGAUGCCAGUGGGGAUCAUGCACUGAAAUUCAUUUUCUAUGAACUUCUCACACGCUAUGAUCUGAUCAACCGUUUCAAGAUUCCCAUUUCUGCCUUGGUGUCUUUUGUGGAAGCUCUGGAGGUUGGCUACAGCAAACACAAAAAUCCUUACCACAACCUAAUGCAUGCUGCAGAUGUCACACAGACAGUCCAUUACCUCCUUUUCAAGACAGGCACAGUGCACUGGCUGACAGAGCUGGAGAUCUUCGCAAUGAUUUUUGCAGCUGCCGUACAUGACUAUGAACACACCGGAACCACCAACAAUUUUCACAUCCAGACACGGUCAGACUCAGCCAUUCUAUAUAAUGACCGGUCAGUGCUUGAAAAUCACCAUGUUAGUGCGGCGUAUCGUCUUUUGCAAGAUGAUGAAGAGAUGAAUAUUUUAUCUAAUCUCUCAAAGGAUGAUUGGAGGGAAUUUAGAGCUCUAGUCAUUGAGAUGGUGUUGGCUACCGAUAUGUCCUGUCACUUCCAGCAAAUCAAAGCUAUGAAGAAUGCUUUGCAACAACCAGAAGGAAUUGACAAGCCGAAAGCCUUAUCACUGUUAUUGCAUACAGCAGAUAUCAGUCAUCCAGCCAAGGCCUGGGAUCUCCAUCAUCGCUGGACCAUGUCUCUGCUAGAGGAGUUCUUCAGACAGGGUGACAAAGAAGCAGAACUAGGGCUGCCCUUCUCUCCUCUGUGUGAUCGGAAAUCUACUAUGGUUGCUCAGUCUCAAAUAGGUUUCAUUGAUUUCAUUGUGGAACCCACCUUUACUGUGCUGAGUGACAUGACAGAGAAAAUUGUGACUCCCCUAAUUGAUGAAGCUUCCCACUCUGGCCUGUCUGGAUUUAGGCGUUCCAGUUUGAAUAGCAUUAGUCCCUCUGAAGUUAAAAGAUCAGGUGUCAAGAGCACUGGGUCCGAAGGAAGUGCCUCACUCAACUGCUCCAUACUCACUGUGGACUUCAAAGGUUUUAAAGACACCUGGACUGAGGUGGUGCAGCAGAACAGGGAGAAAUGGAAAGCACAAGCAACCAAAGAAGAAAAAGCUAAAAAAGAAGCAGAGGAAAAUGCUUCUCAGGGAACAGAUGAAAAGGAAAGAGAUGAACAGGAUGGGAAGCCAAGUGAAGAUGCCACAGAAGCAAAAGCAGAAAAGAGCAAAGAACCAAAUUCUGGGGAAAGCAAAAGUGCAGAUUCCAGUGAGAAUCCUGUAAAUGACACUUGGCAAAGUGGUAUGAGCAAACAUGAAGCCUAUCAAGGGAAAAAUGCACCUAGGACAGAUAAGAAAAUGGAUCCUCAUCAUACUGUGGGAGAAGAGAAACAGCAUGUCCAGAAUGGUGAAUUAAAGGAAGACAACAAAUUGGACAGAAAAAAUGAGUUUACUGUGGGGGAUGAAUCAAAGAAAACAGAUGAUAUGGAAGAGUAAAAAUAUGUUUAAAAAGAGACUGCAUAUCUCUUUCAUCAUUUUAUCUGACCUUCUUCAUUCCUGUUCUCCUACUCCUGCAAAGACCAGUUUCUGGGAAAGGCAACUUUUGAAACACUCCUCCUCUCACUGGCUACUUCAUAGCUUAUGACUCUGGGUUCAAG